CUGAGAUUAUAAAGGUCAAUACUAUUCAUUGUCUACAAAUCCUCCAGUGAUCUCAAGAUGAACUUUUUGCUGGUGCUGGUGAUGCUGACAGCAUGCGCUGCAGAUCCACAAGAUAUGUCAGGAAAAAUGUUCAACUUCCCAAUGCAAAGCAACAGAGCUUACGUGAAGCUGAUUACAUCACAGCGGGAGUUCAGGGCUUUAACCGUCUGCCACAGGUCCUUUACAGACCUGAAAAGAGACCACAGCUUGUUCUCCAUGUCCACGCCUACUCAUGUCAAUGACUUCCUGAUUUUCUGGGAUAAUGCAAAUAAGGAGAUGGAGGCUCAUGUCAGGGAUAAAAAGGCAGAAUAUGGAGGGCGGGACUAUAAGCUAAACAUGUGGCACUCUAUUUGUACAACAUGGGACUCUGCGUCUGGAAUUGUACAGCUUUGGUUUAAUGGACAGCCUUCAAUCAGAAAAUUCCUUAACUUGGGAUCAACCAUCAGUGGAACUCCUAUAAUUAUUUUGGGACAGGAGCAGGAUUCCCAUGGUGGAGGAUUUGAUGCUAACCAGUCUUUGGUUGGUAUGAUGAUGGAUGUCCACAUGUGGAACUAUGUCCUUUCACCUUGUGAGAUCCAGAAAUAUGUUGACGAUCUAAACUUCAGUCCAGGGAAUGUGAUCAACUGGAGCGCACUGGAGUACCAGAUUUUUGACAAAGUGCUGGUUGAGAACAAAGUCACGCCAUGUCACUGAAAUUUAACCAGACUGCUAAUACUUGUUUUAAAAGAGUAUGAUAAAUACACUUGCAUUUAUGUAAAAUGGAAAUUGAAAAGAAUGUGUUGACCCAGAUGUAUAAUGCUUGUUAUAGAAAGCUUUCUUCAUAUGACUUCUAUCCUUGGCUGUGCUACUGAUUUAAAGUUGUAAUGAGACAAAUAUUGCAGAUGAUAUUGUUUCAUAUUUAAUGUCAGUUUACAAUGUAUUAUCUGUUGUAAUUUUGUAGUUUUACAAACACCUUCAACGUCAAAAUAAUCAGAAAACAGAAAAAAUAAAAGCAAUGAAUGAAAGGUGAAA